GUCAAGUGGACAUAGUAACAUCUUCACCCCAUGGCUGUUGAAGCCCAUGGGUCCCCAUUGUUGUUCAUUGUAAAGACAGGAAAAGCCCAGAGACAGCAGAAGGAGGAGGAGCAGUCAGGUGAAAACACACAAUGUGCUGGGCUGGCCUGUUAUAGGCCCUGUGGCCCUGCCACGUUAUCCAGGAAUCCAAGGACAUCUCAGAAGUGAGCUGAUCAAUUCCCAAAUGGGUGGGAACGAGGAUGUUUCAGAAGAGGCACCUAAACCACUGGGACACUAUAUUCGAGAAGGCUUGAAGCAGUUGUACCAGGACCAGCAACUGUGUGAUGCCACCAUAGUGGCUGGAGGAAAGAGGUUCCCAUGCCACAGGAUUCUGCUGGCAGCUGUCAAUCCCUACUUCCGGGCCAUGUUUGUCAACUCCUUCAAAGAAUCCCAGGAUGGAGAAGUUCUGCUUCAAGACAUGGCCCCCUCCACCGUGAAGACCAUCCUGCACUAUCUCUACACGGAGGAGAUCUCAGUUACUUUGGAGACAGCUCAGGCUGUAUUCACCGCAGCCAGCAGGCUUCAGAUCCUCCCUCUGCUGGAGAUCUGUUCCAGCUUUCUUCUGGAACAUGUUUCCCUCAAGAAUUGCCUAGCACUUUAUGAACUGGCUUAUGCCCAUGGAGACCAAGCUCUGCUCCGAGUAGCCAUGAGACACGUCAGCCUGAACUUUAGACACCUCGCUCAGGAGGACAAAAGUUUCCUCAAUUUGCAACCCAGCACUUUGAUAAGCAUCAUCUCCUCAGACAGCCUGGUGGUGCCUUCGGAGUGGGUUGUCUACCAGGCAGUGUGGCGCUGGAUGAAGUUUCAGGCCUCCAGCCGCCGUCCGUUCCUGAGUGAGGUAAUGAGGCACGUCCGCCUCCCGCUCCUUACCCAGGAAGAGCUCCGGGAGGCCCAGUUAGAACUGCAGUGUGAGGGGGAUGUGCGUCUGCGAUGGAAGCGUCUCAACAGGCAGGAGAGGCUGCAGGAGUGCGGAGGCCUGAGGCAGGGCAUGUACAGCCCAUGUAUUGUGUGCGUGGACCUGUUCAGCAUGGAGGGCCCUGAGCUGAAAACGAAGGAUUUUCAAGUAGGCUGUUUUGACCCUCAGACAGAAAAGUGGGAGAAGCUGCCGCCUUUGAAGUGCUUGUACUGCACUCGCUGCGUGGCUGUGGCAGACAAGCUGUACGUAGCCGGGGGUGUGCACACUGACGACUCGUAUUCAGACACACUCCACGAGUACAGCUCUUUCCGAGGCCGUUGGACGCAGCUCCCAUCUAUGUCCACGCCCCGCGCCUCUCACGGCUUCCUAAGCUGCAGCCAGAAGCUCUAUGCUGUAGGGGGCUGGUGCAGGUAUGAAGAUUAUCUGGAUUCUGCAGAAUGCUUUGACUUAGUGGUAAGGCGCUGGACCCCCAUCGCGCGGCUGCCCUACACACUGAGCCAUUUUGCUGCCACAGUGCUUAAAAAUAAACUGUACCUGAUAGGGGGGGUGACAGACACACUGGGAUCUUGGUGUGUCUCCAAGAAGGUUAUGAUCUACAAAGUUAACGCCAACGUGUGGACACAAGUGCUUCUGGAUGCCGAGUGCUACUGGUCCGGUGCUGUAUCCAUGAACAGCGGGAUAUAUGUGAUUGGCGGGUAUGUUAGGAGCAGGGUGAGACACCGUAAUGAGAGGUGGCCUGAUUCAGGGAACCUGCAUUGCAGUCGCAAGAGUUUCUUCCUGGGCGAAGAUGGCAGAGUGCACAAGGAUGUGGUGGUCCCAAAGUUGCCAGUUGAAAUUGCUGGUGCUGGUGUGGUGCGCUGGAAGAAGAGGAUCUACGUGCUGGGCGGAGAAAAUAAAUAUUUAUACAAUAGCCAUGAUGGGGAAAAUGAAGAGGAAUAUUAUAACACAAUUUACUACUGGGAGCCUGGAGACCACAAAUGGAUUCAGUGUCCAGAAAGACUCCCUUUCAGCAACUGGGGAAUCAGCGGAUUUGGGUGUGCAACACUGAAGAUACCCAAAAAAUCGAUUCUCUCGCUUUUUCGAAAGACAUCUGUAGCCCUGACAGCUGUUGAGUUAGCAGAGAGUUAGCUGGCUUUUAUCCUCAUGCCCGAUUGCCUCCUGGUCAGUAUAUCCUGUCCCUAAAGCUGCAUUUGUGAAGAUCGCCUGUCUCUCCCUUUAGUGUGUUUACUUGUGCUUAUCUGAAUUCCCGGGCAGCCACUGGGAACCAGCAGAUUAUUGGUGAAAGAAGGGAUGUGGUUCCGAGGGAGCAAUUCACCUCUGCCUUGUUUUGGGGCUGCCCUUUACACUUGUGCAAAGUGGGCAUGAAAUGCUACUGAGCCAGAGCUCUCCUAGGGAACCAUUUCGUUUGGUUCCCCAAAGGAAGGGGGAGCUGGCAGCAAGCCAUUAUUAGCCCCUUGCUAUGUCUGGGGCCAGCUCUCAACGGCUUCCGGGCUGCUGCGUGUCUGGGCUGCUCUGUGUUUGACCCCUAAAGAGGUGGAUGCUUUUGAAAAUAGCCCCUGGCGUCUGGACAGCCCUGUCCUCCCCCAGAAGGCAUUAAGCCUGUUGCCUGUUGUGGCUGAGGCAAAGUCCCACUUUCAAAUGUGCUUUCAAUGAGAAUUAGGCACCUACGUCAUGUAAGAGCUUUUGGAACCUUUUCCUGCCUUGGCUGCACC